UCACUGGAGCCGCCCCUCUGUGGUGGUCAUCUCGGGCGCAUUGUCUGCAGAGGCCAUCACCGCAUCACCGCUCUGGUCCACCUGCACCCAACACACAACACACAACCCAUGUGUGUCCUCGUGUGUGUCUCCCAUAUGGCCUGCCUACCUAUCAUCCCUCGAUCACCUCACUUGGUCUCGCUGGUGCUUGUCGCGUACGCCCCCGCCGCCGGUGUCGCCCUCGUUGUUGCCAUUGUUGUGGUGUCCCUCUUCCUCCUCUUCAAUGGCGUCGACGCCGUUCUCCAUGGGGUCGUGCUCGCGGCCAGCAGGGAGCACAUCCACAUCGUCACCUGUGUGUGCACAUUGGGGUGUGAGGGUGGGUGUGGGUGCGCCUGGAUGGGUGUGGGGUUACUUGCGAGUCGCUGCUGGUAGGGCCGCUUGACGCCCGAGCGGGGGGUCUCCUCCUCGCCGUUCAACUCGUCCUCUAAAUGGCACACAUAGCACACAGACAGGAGACAGGCAGUGUGUAUGCAUGGGGGGGGGGGUGAAUGGGUGUGUAUGGGGCGUCAUCUCACCGUCUGCGCCCUCCUCGUCGUCGUCUUCGUCGCCCAUCUCCAUGUCGUUGUCCACAUCCAUACCUAAACACAAACACAGAGAGAGAGAGAGGGAGAGAUAUCCUUUGGUGCAGAUGCGUUUCUCGAUUUCUCAAGUGAGUACCCAUCGUUCGGCCGUCCCGGUUGUCGCGGUCUCUAUCUCGGUCUUUGAUGGCCGGCUGGCGGGAGCGACGCUGCGAAGGCGCUCCCUCACGCGGCAAAGGCGCUCCCUCACGACGCAAACGACCCUGAUCGAUGAGUGCGUGGAUGAAUGGGUGGAUGAAUGUGUGGAUCAAACACCGACCCACCUGCAUGGGCAUGACGUUCUUUCGCGAUGCGUUUCGCAUGGUGUCGACACGCGAGGGGCCGUAGCGCAUCGCACGCGACCGGCCGAAACCAACUGAAUACACACAUGCACACACACACACCUAGAUGUGCGGGGUGGGGAGUUGUGUUGUGUGGCUGCAUACACUCUCGCUCAUCGUCGAAGAGGGCCCCGCCGCCGCGCUCGCCGCCUUCCUUGCGCUUGAGGAAAUGGGGGUCCACCGCUAUCUAUGGGUGGACGCAGAUGGACACAUACACGGUGGGGUGUGUCGUGGCGUGGGUGUGAUGUGUACCUGUAUGUCUAGUUUUCGGAUCAUUUCGCCUAUGUCGAUCAUCUGCUUGGCCUGUGCGUCCAUCUGCUGCUGAGUCAACACGCCCUCCCCACUAUCCUUGGUCGAAUCCUGCACACACACACACACACACACACACAUCGGUGGUCAUCAGUAUGUGUGUGUGGUCUGGUGUGUGUACCUCGUCUGUGUCUCCUUCGCUGAAUAUGACGUGGUUGGAGCUGUGGUCUAUCACCGCGUUGAUCUGACCCUGCAGACAUCGUCAUGCACGUGUGUGUAGGGGGGGCCACGCCACGCCAUUCCCAUCUCUCUCCCCCCUCUCCCUUUCUCCACUUACCCGUGUAAUCAUGUCGAAGACCAUCGUCUCGGCCUCGUCCACAGACUGCACACAUCCACACAUCCAUCCAUCCAUCCAUCACACGAGAGGCACACGUCCAACGCUCAUGCGUCUACCUGAAGCUGCACUCGCUGUCUGAUGUCGUCGAGGGAGAGGGUGAGAUACGUAGACGUCAGGUUCACUAUCAUGCGACGAUGCAGCGCCUGAUAUAUGGAUGGACAGAGACAUGCGUGUGGAUGGAUGGACAGAUGCGUGUGUGUGUGUGUGUGUGUGUUUGUGUGGUGUCGAUCUUACAGCGCUGCACUGUUUGGCGAGUCCCAUGUUUUGGUCGCGGUUGAGUAUGUCGACAGAGGAGGGGCCGCUCAGCACACGGGCCAUCUUGACAGUAUCCUGCACACAGACACACACAUACACACACACGUACACCAAUGUGAGUGCAUUUGGGGGGAUGGGUACUUUGCUUUUGAACGCGUCGAUGAUGUCAUUGUAGGGCGACAGACCCUGCACAGACGGCGCACAAGUGAGGACGCUUGUGCCCUGUGUAUGUCUCGUGUGAGUGUCUGUGUAUACCGUUGCGCCUGAAGACUGCGAGCGGUAGUUGUGAUGGCCGCUGGAGGGAGCGAUAGCACGAGACAACGCCUACACACACACGCGCACACACAUGGAAUGCGAAUGUGCAUAUGUGCAUGUGAAUGUGCAUGUGUGCAGCACACUCACAGGUGAGGAUUUGGGUGUCUGGGGGCCCUCGCCGUGUUCGAUCAGAUGCACCAACACCAGCUUCUUCCACGCGUCAAUCUGACAUUCACACACACACACCCGCAUGUGUACGCGCACCCAUCAGUACACCCACAUCUAUGGGGCCAUCCACACCUGGAUGGCCGACACACAUGUGCCGGGGCAGCAGAGCACGAGAUUGAGGAACUGAAUGGCGCGGGGGUACUCCUGCACAGCACACACAAACACCACACACGCAUAAAAUGAGUGCAUGUGUAAUCAGGGUGGGUGUGUGGUGUGGUUGCCUUGAGUCCGAUGUGUAUCAUGGCGCCGUAGUAGAAGUACAGCAGAAAAUCCUCCACGUACAGACACGUUUGCUAAGAACACACACACACACAUGUGCUGUGUAGACCCUCUUGUGUGUGCAGAUUUACCUUCGGCUUGAGAUCGAGAAUGGGCACCUCUAUCACGUCGACGGCGUACGUGUAGUGCUUCAGCUUCAGACACACCUGCCACACACACACACACACAGCAACACUGCCAUCCGCCUGUGUCUGUGUGUGAGUGUCGUUCCUCACUUUGAGGAAUUCCGGGGUAUGGGUGUGAGCACAUGGGGCGCCGGCUGCAGCUUGCCGAUCGCCGCCUUCAACGCAGGCAACGAACGCAGACCUGCAUUGCCGCCACACCCACACACCCACACCCACACACCCACACACACACACAGCAUACACACAUAGACACGUGUGUAUGUGUGUAUGGCGGUGUGUGUGUGCGUGUGUGCCUUGCGGGAGCUGCAUGGCCAUCUCUGAGUAUCGGUAACAAAUGGAGUAGAACUCGCGAGCCACCAGCUUGAUCUACACCACACACACACACACACACACCCGUCCAUCUUUUGUGCCCCUGCGUGUGUGUGUGCAGGUGUGUGUGUGUGUGUGUGUGUGUGUACCUGUGUGGCGUCGCAGUCCUUGAGGAAGUUGGUCACGUAGCGGAACACCGCAUUCCGGUCGGCGUUGUCGUCCAUGUGCCUCAU